AUGCCCACUGGAUACCAUAACUUUUGCGACGACGAAUUGGACGAGUCCAUCAACUUCAACUACAACCGCAAGCCGUCACAGCCCAAAGAUUAUGACGAUGAUUCGAGGACGUCUGGACGCACCACGCCCAAACGAGCCCGUGGAGGCCGGGGACGUGGAUCCGGCGACCGAGGAGGUCGCGGCGGAUCACGUGGACGAGGUGGAAACGGCGGAUCGAGUCGAGGAGGUAAAAAGAAUGGCUGGAGAGACGAGAAACCGUCGCUGCUGAGCUCCAUUCUAAACUCUCGACAACACGCGUCGGAGAACCGAGAACACAUGUUCAACAAGUCGCUUCGGGGCGCCGAGUUCAUCACGUUCAUCAAAUCUGCCGAGGUCUAUGAUCCGUCCAAAUUGCUCAAGGAUGUCGGUGUUACAGUCGAGGAGGCCAACGUGGUCAAUGAGGUGGAAGAUAUCCAUAUUAUUGUGCCCGAGGUGAUUCCUGAAGUGCAAGACGUGACCGGUGCAGAUGCUCAACUCGAGGAUCAAGAAUCUGAAGAUGAGGAAGUUGUGACUACCAUCACCGAGACUUAUGCAGAUGAUGGAGAUAACCAAGAAGACGACGACGACGAAAUGCUUGUUGACGGGAACGGACAGUUGGUUGACGAUUACGACGAUGACGAAGAUGACGACGACGAAGACGACGAAAUUGACGAGGAGGUUGAUGACGAUCUGAUUGCCGACGAAAACGCCGUCGACGUGUCUACCCUGCAGGACGCCAUAAACGAGGUUGCCAACGAUACCAUCAACGACGAUCGGAAGGAAGAAGACCCCAGUGAGGGCUCCGAGGCUGACGACGAAGAAGAUGAAGCAGCUGAGUUUGUCAUGGAUACAGAAGGAGACCCCGAUAUGGUGGACAUGGAGUUUAUGGAGACGGAUUUCGCGUACCUCAACAAGAAGAAGCGGGCCGAAAAGUCGCGUACUCCCCUGACCAGCUCCACAGCCGUCAUAAGUGAUCGACCCGUCGCUUCCGUUUCUGCAGACACAACUCUUGUGGGGUCUGUCGCCUCCAAGAAACGACACAAUGCCGAUCCUCGAGCAGUGGAUAUUCCCGAGUACAACUCCGACAUUGAUCCGGAGGUGCUCAAGGACUACAUCGAGAGUAUCAAGAACGAAGAUGAGGGCUCCGAUGCUGAGAACAUUGAUUGGAUCCGAUCUGCUCUGGGCACUCAGCUUGGAGGAACUGAGCAAUAUUAUGUUGACAGCGACGACUCUGAAAAUGACGACUUUGACGAUGAUGACGAGGAUGACGAGGAGGAGUACGAGUGGCCCGAAAAUGGUACAGUCGGGUGCAUCAGAAACAUUGUUGCUACUCGAGCAGCCUCGCAGGGCUACCAGUUUAUGGUUGAACACACUCUGGACGCUGAUAUGGAGGAGUGGUGGAACGAGGAUCUCAUUCGAGACUCGGUGGCAGAGCAUCUUGGUGUUUCUGUCUCUGAGCUCCCCGAUGAGGCGUACAGAUGGUAUGUGACUCGUCUUGGAGGCGAUAUCGAGGAUCCUGAUCUGUCUGAGGAAGGAAUCAAUUACAGCGACUACUAUGACGAUUCCGACGAAGAUGAAAAGGCACGAGAAGCGUCUGAAAUGGACUCGCUCAUCCAGAGUUUGAUUGACGACGAGGUGGACGACCGAAAGGCGCUCAUGGACCACGGAUACACUCCCCCCAUGACCAAGUCUCGUGGCAAGAACCAGGUGCCAAACUUUGGCGUCAACGAUCCCGAGCUGCAGGCUCAGCUGGAAAAGCACUGGGUCAAUUCCCGAGCUGCCAAACGAGCCAAGCGAGAACAGCGACAGGCUAUGCGAAAGCAGGGUAUGUUCACCAAGGAAUUCAAGCAGGGAGGUAUCAUCCCCUUGCAUGCCAAGUACCCUAUUUUGAUGACUGUUGAGGAGGCCCGCAAGGAAAUUGAGAUAUUCAUCAACGCUCCUAACAAGCCCAUGGUUCUGGAUUUCCCGCCCAUGGGAGCCGAGUUCCGAAGCGUGCUUAAAAAGCUGUCUGCAUGCUACCACUUGAAGCCUGAUAUUCACGGCGUUCAGAAGAGCAAGCAUGUCAGCAUGCUGAGAACCUCCCGAACGUCGUGCCACAACAACAAUUACAUCCAAAAGUUUCACGAUAAGUUCCCCAAGAAGUUCAAGCUGGUGAUCCGAAACGCAAAGUACUCAACCGAGCAGUACCUGUAUGAGACCAAGCACCAGAAGGGCUCCAAGCGGUCAGCUGUCCGUGUUCAUAACCGAGAAGGUGAGAUUGUGGGUCAUGAGGCUCCUGCCAUUGACGAUUCCAACAUUGGACGUCUGCUUCUUCAGAAGAUGGGCUGGACCACGGGCGAGGGUCUCGGUGCUCAGAGCAGAGGUAUUUCUGAGCCCAUCAUUGCCAAGGUCAAGAUCAGCAAGCGGGGUAUUGGAGCUUAG